GGUUUGAGUCAUACAAAGCUAUACAACAAGUAACUCAUUUUUUGUUAAAAAUCUUCAUAAUGUACUUAUCUUUAAGUCUCAGUCUGCUACCAAUCAUUCGGAUUUUCGGUUUAGUAUAAAACUGAAGUGUUGGACUCUUAUCUUUUCAAAGGCAUAGAUCACUACAGGACAUAGCUCUGACAAGGACCGACAAUGCGCUUUGACGACGCGUUGAAGUUGGUGGGUGAAUUUGGGUUGUACCAGAAGCGUCUUUACCUGAUACUAUGUAUCGUGGCUAUCAGCAAUGCCUUGUUUAUGAUGGGACUCAUCUUUCAUCUCUAUACUCCAGACCAUAGGUGUAAAAUACCUGGGCUAGAAAAUGACACCUGGGAAAUUCAAAGUCCAGCGCAUGCUCAUCUCAUUAAUUUGACCAUUCCUCCAUCAAAUAUGCCUCUUUUUGAAUAUGACCGAUGUCACGUGAUUGACAUGCGCACAUCUGGAAACCACAGUGGAACUGCAGGGGUCAUAGAGUGCAGUGAAUGGGUGUACGAUACCAGUGUUUUCUACGUGACAUUUACUUCAAUGCAUAAUCUGGUGUGUGGAGACAAAUGGAAGACGUCAAUGAUCCAGGCUGUGUAUUUCCUCGGUGUUCUUUGUGGGGAUCUGGGUUUUGGUAUGCUGGCUGACGUUAUAGGACGCCGCACUACAUUCACGCUGUGCGCAGUGAUAUUGACCGGGGUGUCGUUUGGUGCCUCCUAUGCCCCGGAUGUCAUCAGUCUAACAAUUCUGGAGUUCAUGUGUGGUGCAGCCAUGCAUGCCGCCUUCAUUAUAGCCUGUAUAUUAAGCAUUGAAUUUGUCGGUCCAUCCAAGCGGGUAUUUGUUGGAGUUCCUAUCCACAUGUUUUUUGCAACCGGAAUUGUCGUUCUUUCGGGCUUUGGUUACUUCUUCAGAAAUCAUCAACAGGUGCAGAUUGCUACAGCAUGCACGUGUAUUAUAUACAUGUUCUAUUGGUGGAUAAUUCCCGAGUCUGCACGUUGGUUGGUCACGCAGGGAAAAUACAAAGAGGCCUCAGCUAUCUUAGAGAACAUAGGGAAAGUUAACAAGAAGGCUAUUGAGGGAGAAGGCACAAUAUUUGACGAGAAGACCCUGGAGUUACCUAAAGGAGCACAGCUCUGGCAUCUGUUUCAGCAUCGGAUUUUGUGUAUUCGAACACUCAUUAUUUUUUUCAACUGGAUGAUCGUAAGUAUGAUGUAUUAUGGAGUCACUAUGCACGCUCGUUACCUCGGGGGGAACUUCUUUCUCAACUUUUUUAUCAUGGCUGUUGUUGAAUAUCCGGCAAAUAGCUCGACUAUUUACUUCCUGGAGAGGUUUGGGCGGAAGAAGACACAUUGUGCCUGUAUGUUUGUAGGCGGCAUAGCUUGCCUGUUGACAAUAUUUACUGUUCUAUAUGGCGGCGCAGAAAUGGAGCCAGCUACAAUAACACUCGCCGUCAUAGGGAAGAUGGGGAGUGCUGCGGCGUUUGGGGUCAUCUACACUUUUUCAGAGGAGCUUUUUCCCACCGUUGUCCGGAAUGGGGGGCUGGGUGCUAGCUCAAGUGUAGCGAGAAUUGGGGGGAUGCUGGCGCCCUACGUGGCAAAAUCGGGUGAGGAAAUCGGCGGAGAUUUCGGUAAAGCCUUCCCUCUUGUUGUAUUUGGUGCAGUCAGUAUUCUGGCGGGCUGCCUAGCUCUAGUUUUACCAGAGACCCUCCAUAAAAAAUUACCCGAAACCAUCGAGGACGCUAAGAUAUUCGGAUCUGAAAAACAUCCAGUAUAUGAAAGCGUCGAAAUAGAUUAUAAAGACAAAGAAGAAGAAAAUGGGAAAUUAUUAUAGGAUGUGGCAUAAAAAUAAGUCAUAAACAGCAUGUUCCUGACUCAGAUAUGAUGUAGUUUACUACGAGUAAGAUUAUACAUCUACCAGGUCAUCUGAAUAUUUGUGCAGCGUAAUUUUUCAAUAAAACUGAUAAAUCAAGA